AUGGCUGCCGACUUCUGGGCGGGCUACCUCAGCGGAGCCAUUGGCAUCAUCAUUGGCAAUCCUCUUGAUGUUAUCAAAGUUCGGCUGCAGGCCGGCAACGUGCAUGCAGACACGUCGUCGUCCAAUCUCAGCCGCUGGGAAAGAGCAGGUUCUCUUGUCCGAGGUCAGUCACCUUUGAUUCUUAACGCCGUGGGGCUUUAUCGAAACAAUCUGUUGAUUGUUGCUAUAGGUGCCGCUGCUCCGAUAUUAGGUUAUGGAGCUCUAAACGCCAUUCUCUUUGUGGCCUACAAUCGAUCACUGAAAGCUUUGGACGGGUCUAUAUCCGAUCCCACCAAUCCGGUGGGGGCCUCCGCAUACAACAUCUGGCUUGCGGGAGCCGCUGGUGGACUGGCUAGCUGGACGAUCUCGUCGCCGACAGAACUCAUUAAAUGUCGAGCACAGCUAGAUCGCCGGCCAGAAGUGUCGUCGUGGGCGGUUGCCAAGGAUAUCUUCCGUACGCGCGGAUGGAGGGGGCUCUAUUAUGGUGGAGGGAUUACUAGUGCCAGAGAUGCAAUUGGCUACGGAUUCUAUUUCUGGUCUUAUGAACUUUGCAAACGAUUUAUGACUUCUGAUGAUGACGGUCAAUAUCAGGCCGCUGUGAAUAUUUUGCUUUGCGGUGGCAUCGCUGGCGUUGUUACUUGGGGCUCAGUAUUCCCUUUGGAUAUGAUCAAGACAAGAUUGCAGGCACAAACUCUUGGCCAUUCUUGCGGAACCGAAGGCCAGUUUUUGUUGCAGCAGCGACAGACACUGAACUCUUUCCAGAUUGCGAAAGAAACCUACCGCGCCGAGGGCAUCAAGGCAUUCUACCGAGGUCUUGGGGUAUGCAGCGUCAGAGCAUUCAUUGUCAAUGCCGUCCAGUGGGCAGCCUACGAAUGGUUGAUGAAGAGCUUCAGUCAAUGGGGCACACAGGUGAAGCUCCAAGAACCCACGGUGGGUCUGUGA